AUGUUUGUGGUUAACGUUCCUAAGACCAGAAACACCUACUGCAAGGGCAAGACCUGCAGAAAGCACACUGCCCACAAGGUCUCGCAGUACAAGACCGGCAAGGCUUCGCUCUUCGCUCAGGGAAAGCGUCGUUACGAUAGAAAGCAGUCCGGUUAUGGUGGUCAGACCAAGCCCGUCUUCCACAAGAAGGCCAAGACCACCAAGAAGGUCGUUCUUCGUUUGGAGUGCCAGGUCUGCAAGUACAAGCACCAGAUCGCCUUGAAGCGUUGCAAGCACUUCGAGCUCGGUGGUGACAAGAAGCAGAAGGGUCAGGCUCUUACUUUCUAA